AAUAUAUAUGCAGCCACCACAGACUGUGAAUCAUAAAUAAAUAAAUAAAUUAUGCAAAUAUUUGAACUGUAAAGCCUUCUCUAAAUUUUAGAAAUGGAUUUUGAUAGUCCUGAUGUGAUGAAAGAUUUCCCAGGCUUAUAUGCGUCAGAAUUAAACAAAAAGUGUAAUAAUGAAAGUGAUUAUAGUGAUGAUACAGAAAAGGGGGUUAAAAAAGAUAUUCUAAUUGGAAAAAGAAAAGACAAGAAAGAUAAAAAAGAUAAGGAACGUGGAUAUGCAGCACUUGAAGGAGAAAGUUCAGAUGAAGGAAGCAAAUCCAGGUUCAAGAUUAUUUUUAGAAGCCCUUCAAAGUCAAAAAAAUCUAAAUCAUUCAAAUUCACCACAAAAUCCAAAGAGAAAAGAGACAAAUCAAGAGAUAAAGAUGUGUCAGAUAAAAGGAAAGACAAAGAGAAAAAAAUUGAUAAAAAAUUUGAAAAGGACAAAGGAAAGAAAGUUAAACAGCCCAUAGAAGAAACAAUUGAUAUAGCUGAAGUUCUUCCAGUAUUUGGUGUGAACUUAGAACUAUCAGUUCAAAGGAGCAGGUGCCAUGAUGGUGUAGAUAUCCCUGUACCAAUCAGAGACUGUAUUGAUUAUGUAGAAGCAGUAGGUAUAGCAUUUGAAGGAGUCUAUAAAAUCAGUGGUACAAAAACAAAAGUUUCACAAAUAAGAAAAAUGUAUAACAACCGACAAACUGUUAAAUUAUCUGAUUAUGAUGUACCCACAGCCACUAGUCUACUCAAAAUGUUCUUGAGGGAUCUUCCUGAACCAAUUUUUACCAAUGACCUGUUAAUUCGUUUUGAGGAAGCUGGUGCCAUUCUUAAUUUGAAUACAAGAGAGAAACAUCUGAAGAUACUAGUGGAACAUUUACCUUUUUUGAAUAGACUUCUUCUGUCUUGGCUGAUUGUACAUUUACAUAAUAUUUCACUGAAUGAAAAGCAGAACAAAAUGAGCAAACAAAGUAUAUCUGCAGCUUUGAAUCAUACAUUUCAUAUAUCAUCACGCUUGCUACAAGCACUUCUACAUCAUAGUCAGGCAUUGUUUCCUGAUGUUGUGAUAUUCAAGUACAUACCACCUCUCAAUUCUGGAGCCCAACUUCCAGAAAAUUCUUGCUUGUUGGAAUCAGAACUCAAGAAGCAGGAGUCAUUAUUGACUCAGAUUCAUAAAGAAAUGAAUGUGGGUUGUAUAUCAAAAGAAAGGGAAGAAAAGUUGUGGGAAGUUCAAAGAAUUAUAACACAAUUAAAGAGGAGAUUGAAGAUAGUACAAAGAGUCCAAGAAACACAUGAAAAGAGUGAUGAAAGAAUUAGUAAUGAGGAAGAAAGAGAGGUUGAAAGCAUGCAGAAAAUCACAGAAGAAACAGUUGUUAUUUCAGACUCCAAUAUGAAAGAAAGUGAAGAUAGCAUCUCAGUAAAAUCUGUUCAUUCUGCAGCAGCACUGGAUCCUAUACCUGAACCUGAACCAAGUCCUCAAAAAGAAGAAAUAUCUAAAAUCCAAGCAUUAAAAGAGUCUGACUGCUCAGAAGAAGAAUUGAAAAAUGAUUUUCUUUUUGAUGAUGAUAUAGUGUUGCUCACUUAUAAAAGAAAUGGUUUAACACACUUGAAGGAACAACUGAUUAGAGAAAUGAAUUCAGAAAGAAGAGAAAUUGAAAGUUUGAAAUCACAAAUGAGUGACACAUGCACUACAGGUGCUAGUUCUUCAAAACAAACAAUACCAAAACAGGAGUGUUUAGAUGAAGUGAUGUCACUAUUGCACAGAGAGAAUCAAAUUUUACAAAUAAAAAAGAUAAAUUUAGUAAGAGAGAUUAUUGAACAAAAAGAAUUGUGUAUAGAAUUGAGUGCCCAACUGAGAUUAGCAGCAAAUGAUAAAUAUUCUAACUUCUAGAAAUGACCAUUAUUUUUUUUAAAGUUUUUAACAUUUAUGAUCAGAGACAUUAUAAUAGCAAAAAUUCCACAGGAUAUGGGAUCAUGAAAUUUCCAUGAACUGAUGACAAAUAGGUUGAGAUGCUGGGUGUUUCUUAUUAUAAGUAUUCAGUACCUACCUACCUUUUUAUGUUGAUAUUUGAUGAAAUGAAAAAUCGAAUUCUUCCCUUGAACUCUUUAUUCAAUUACACCUUUCACAAAAAAAGUUGGAAUUAGGGUGAAGAUUUACAAUUUGCUGCUUCAAAAAUUUAUAGAAUUCCAAUCACUCAAUUGACAAUUGGGCUAUUUGAACUUAUUUUAUGAGACAUAAUAAGGUUAAUUACACUCUUUUAUAACAACUUCCUACAGUACAAAAUGGCAGUAUUAUCACUGUGUGUGAAGAUGAUAUAAAUAAAAGGAUUGAAUCAUAUAUGUGGAGAAUCAAUUAUUAUUUAUAAUUUUUGUGAUCACAUUCUCUAGGUAGAGUUGAUCUGGUUCAAAUUUCAUCAUAAAAUAUGAUGAUAGUUCUCCACUAGUACACUAUCACCAGUACUAAUUUUUGAAGGAUAAUUAAUAAAAUACUUUGAAAACAAAGCUUUCUAGG